GCUACAUCCUCACACAACGGCGUCGUCAUGGAGGCGAAGCGGACGUCUGGAGCCGAGUGACGGGGGCUGACACGAAGCCGCACGUCGCCUGCUUUGCCUUGCACCCCCUUUGAAAGGGAAAUAAUAAAAACAGGUACUCCCCCAGCAGCAACUCCAGUGGAAAAAACAGCAGGCAUCAUGAAGCACUUCCUGAGGGUGUUGACCCAGUUCUUCGUGUUCCUCUACUGCAAAUGUUUAUGGAGAGGCCUCAAGUUCGUGGCGCGCAAGCUCACGGGACGCUGCGAGCUACAGCGGAUCUGCUACAACAACAAACACGGCGCCCGCAGGACCCUCAAGAUCGAAUCAUCUCUGAAGUACUCCAAAAAUGAGCUACUGCAGUCCGCUCUCAGCAUCCAUCCCGACAAAGUGGAGAAAACAAUUGACGACAUCAUGGCUCUGAAGAAGAUCAACCCUGACACCAACCCUCAGCUAGGCAUCUCCCUCCAGUCCAGCUUGCUGCAGAUUGUGGGCUACCGGAACUUAUUGGCAGAAGUGGAGAAGCUUCGGCGGGAGCCUUACGAUUCCGAGAACGCCCAACACGAAGAUAUGCUGAUGAAGUUGUGGAAGGAGCUACGUCCCGACACCCCUCUGACUGGACGGAUUUCCAAGCAGUGGUGUGAGAUUGGAUUCCAAGGCAGCGAUCCCAAGACGGACUUCCGAGGCAUGGGCUUGCUGGGCCUCCACGUUCUGCUGUACUUUGCAGAACAUGACAAGGCCGCAGCUCUCCAGAUGCUCCAUGAUUCCCUGUUGCCCAAACACAAGAGUGCACACGGGAGUCAAAGUGAUGCAAACUCAUCUGAAAGGGAGCAGAAUAACAUUGACAAAGCCAUUGGCUAUUCUUUCGCCAUUGUUGGCAUCAACAUCACAGACUUGGCCUACUCGUUGCUGGUGAGUGGUGCCCUAAAGACCCACCUGUAUAACGUGGCCCCUGAAAUGCCCUCCUUGCUGCACCUCCAGCAGACUUUCUGCUACCUGAUGCAGGAAUUCCACCGCUUCUGGAUCGAGGAGGACCCAAGCGACAUCAUGGAGUUCAACCGCGUGCGCGGCAAAUUCCACCGGCGGAUUCUGCGGCAGCUGCGGGACCCCGACGCCACACUAUGCCCCCGCUUCUCGGCCUCCGACCUCCACCUGGUCAACCUUUAAGCCCCACCCACCCCUACCACACAACGUUGGAUGUUGUGGUACGCCUAUCAGUAAAAACAUUCGGGCUUAAUAUCAUGAUUGUGUCACUGCCGGCGGCUUAUAUAAUCACACAGACACGCACACACAGUGUCAAACAUUACUGAUCGACUGUGGUAGUCACUUUUACUUUAACUCAUUCACUGCCAUCGACGGCGAAAAGCGUCCAACCCAUAAGUGGAAUAGAUGUCUAUCGAUGUCAAUGGCAGCCAAUGAAUUAAUAACACUUGGUUGAAAUUCACUGAUUUGCACAAUCUGUAUGUGAAUGACUCAUAGAUAUGCUUUUUAUGAUUAUUUUUGCUUAAUCCUACACCAAAAAAGACACCUCUCAGCUAGUGUUGCACCAAUACCAUUUUUUAGUGUUGGUGAAAGUGAAUUUGUGUGGAUUUAUAUUGAAGUCAGUUGAUGUCUAGUACUAAUAAACUAAUUGGUGGGAUGGUGCAUCUUGGCCAGCGGAAGAACACAUUUUACUUUUUAACUCAUUGGCUGCUAUCGAUGGUGCUUGGACGUCUACGAGUGAUAACCUCAUUAAAAUUCACAUCAGAAGGAUGAUUGGUUGCUGCACGAUUGGACAUCUAUCAUCAUCCUUUUUUUUUUUUUUUUUUUUUAUUACGGUGGUGUGAGUAGCCGGCCGCUAUCUUUUGGUAGGGCGAACAGGAUUGGAAACUAGAUCUCAAAAAGUACAUAUUGCGCAACAUCUGUACAGUAUUUCUUAGUACUUACUCCCUUACACAGAUUAUGUCAUUUUAGUACCGUAUCGGUAUCGGUGCAACACUACUCUCAACCAAAUAAAAUUAAAAUGCAGUGAAAAAAAAAAAAAAGAACAUGUACAUGUAGUAUGACCCAAUUCCUGUAUUUAGUUGACUGAAACACUUUGAAUGUUUGUUUUUAAUGGUGUCUUCAUGACAUUAGAAUGCUUCUCAUUUGCCUUUAAUGAUCAAAAUACACUUUUUUUGUGAAUGUUUCUCACUUUAAUGAUUGUUUCAGUUGAAAUCCAUGGAAUGUGACACUCAGUGUUUGCCGUCAGCCAAAGCAAUAAUUCCCAUUCAUUUCGUGUAGACGAUUUGCAACAUGCUUUUUCUAUAAAAAAGGCUUUAGUCGUUUAGUUUCGUCAUGUUUAGGAUAAGAAAAUAAUAGGCGAAGAUGGGAAGAAAAAACAAGAUGGUUGAUGCAACAGAAAGGUAAUGUUAUACUGUAUUUCUUGAUGUACAUGCUACACACUUAAAGAAAAUAUUACCAUUUGUUUGAAUUAUUUAGCCAAUAUUGUUAAAAUUAUGGCAUAUUAUAUUUACUCAUUGGCCCUCAUCGAUAGUGCCAGACGUCCAAUCAAUUUAAGACAGGGUUGACAGCUAACGGACGAACGUGGGCAUUUACAUGUAAUGCCAUUUUAAAAAAAAUAACAUGGUUUUAUUUAAGAUUGUGUGCUUUAUUCUGAUUUCUUUCGAACUGAAUUUGGCAAUUCUGUUUUGCAGCACCUGUUUUGAUGAUAAAAUAGCACUAAUUGGACAUUAACAAUGAUUCAAAUCAAGUAUAACGCUACUAGACUAAAACUAGCUGAAGUCUCAAACCUAGACACGACAAUGAAACCAAAUGAAAACUGUACAUAUAACUUAUAUAAAACUAAGCCCAAAAAAAUGAGUUACCAGUAAAUGCAGUAAGCACUCGUGGUCACAAACACAAGUGAGUGUCGAAAAAAGCUCCAACUUGGAGCAAGUAAGCACAUGUUGCGUCACCAAAACACGAUUGUGUUCUGUAAUAAUAUAAUGAAGUGCAAUGAAGCGGCAGCCAUGUGCUUUGUUGGCUAUUUCAUUCAUUAGCACUGUUUGCCUUUGGACGUUUUCUUGCCUGCCUACUUUGUGGAGUCUCACUUGGCUUUCAUUAUCUUCUACUGGAUGUUCUGAGUAGAUAUUGUAACGCUGUGAUUUUUUGUCUGUGCUGUGCUUUGGAGAACAGAAAUAAAUAAUAAAAUUGAAAACAACAACGACCAAAAGAAAAA